AAGCAUUUGGAGAUUUUACUUUGGCAAGCAACUAUUCAUCAUUUAAUACAAUUGAAGAAUUUUCAGCAAAUGACUUACCCAAAUCUCCUCCAAAUGCACUAACUGAAUCUCCACAAAAUACACUAACUGAAUCUCCACAAAUUGCACUAAGUGAACUCAAUCAGAAUGUGCAAAAAGAAAGCCAAAUGAAUUUGAAAAGCCAAACUCAAAACCUAAAGCAAACUAAAAAUCAAAUUUCUGAAGAGAUUGGGGCCAAAACUGAGAAAAAAUAA